AAACCGCUCUCUCUCUGUCUCCAAGUGUAAUCUGCCGAGCGGCAAUUCCAGAUUUGGGAGAAGUUUAGCUGCUCCGGUUCUUCAGUGGGCAAGGGGGAAAUCCUGCUUAUAAGGCAGACCAUCGCUGCCGGAGUCCUCGCUGACGCUCAUGAAUCUCUGGAUUUCCAGCUUUGCUCCCGCGGCGCCCGGCAGCUCCAACCGAGUGGAAUCUGUCUUGGGUCUUGCGCUGUUCCUCAGCUGCCUGCCGACAGUGCCUCCGACCCGGCUCUCAGCUGACGGGAAGAGGAACCUGCCUCACCUUCCGUGUAGAAAGUUCCUUACGCUCCUCCGUCCCGGCACUUUUCCGGGAUGGAGUUUUCGGGGCUGGGUUUCUGCCAGAGAGAGCUUUCGGGAUCUGUGGUUUGGUAUUGACGCGGUUGUGUUUUUUAUUGAUCUCGACCUUGAUUUAGGCUGUUACUUAAUAGCAAGGAAACCCAUCUGGAGACUCUCGGCCGGAAAGCGGUACCCGAAGCAGAGACGCCCCCCGCACCUGAAGGAGAAAAUGAAGAAGCUGUUACAAGACUCGCCAGAUGAACCCUCGGGGAGCCAGGGGCCACCCACCCAGCCCUCCCCGGGGGCACCCAGUGGGAAUGGCUCAGUUGGGGACCUCAAGAGCAGGCUGCCGAGUCCCGCGGACCCCACCCCUGAAGUCGCCGUUCCCCAGGAGAGCAGCCGGGGCUCGGGGGAAGGCAAGCCAGGGUGCCUCGGGGAGGUGCGACUGAACUGCGACGGCUGCGUCCAGGUGCCUCGCCCCGGGCACGGCUGGCCGGAGGACCGCUCGGCCAGAGGGCAGCUAAGGCCGUCCCCGUUUCCGGGCCCGGCCAAGGACGCCCCGGCGUCCGGUCCCCGGGAUCGCUCCGCCCUCGGCGUUGCCGCGGGCCGGAGAGGGAGCCCCGAGCGGUCCGGGCCGUCUGGUCCAAACGGGGCCCCGGCCUCCAAGGGCGGCAGGCUGCGGCGGCGGGACCUGGGGGCGGAUGUGGUGGAGUCCAUCAUCAAGGAGCUGCAAGGGAUCAGCCAGAUCCAGACGGAAAUCGCCGAGCUCCGGCAGCACCUGGGCUCCGUCAGGGGCUCGGUGGACGAGGUGUUGAGCUGCGUGGACUCGGUCCUCAGCGAGAUCGAGGGCCUGCAGCCGGCGGGCGGCUCCAAGGCCCAAGCGCCUCGGGUCGCGGCGGGCGGCGAGUCCCGCCGGGGGGCCCUCGGCGAGGAAGCCGUACUGUACUUCUACGGCCUCCCGGAGCGGGACGGGGAGAACACGGUGGAGCUCAUUUACCGCUUUCUGGCCGAGCACCAGUGCGUCAACGGCGUCCAGUGCAGCAAGUACAUCAAGGACGCCUACCGGUCCAGCCUGACGAGAGGCAAGGCCCCGGCCCCCAGGCCGGCGGUCGUCACACUCGUGCAGCCCGAGCAGAGGGACCUCAUCCUACAGAAAUCGAUUCUCCUACAACGUUUGGGGGUCAAGAUCGCGACCCGUGAAGAGCCCUUGGGCUCCUUCCUGCAGCAGAGGCUCCAGGAGCAUCGCCAGCGCUCACGGAGUCCUGACGAUGAAGGAGGGCAUCUCCGGGCAGGCUCAGAGACCACGGGGUACCGCGCGGGGACCGUUCAGAUCCGGGGCCUGGAGGGAAGUCCGAACCCCCCGAGCCUCUCGGAGGAGCUCGGCUUUGCUCCAAAAGGCAGCUGGGUUGAGGGAGGGCCGGUGGGGCCCAAGCUCCCCGGGCAGACCCCACCCUCCGGCGAGCCAUCUCCCUCCACUCCGUGGGAAUCUAAGCAAGCUCCCUUGGGGUCGAUCCCGAAGCGGGAAAAACCAGGGGACUCCGAGGGGCUCCUCAACCGGGGAGGCGGAGAAGUCGGCCGCGGCCCCGGAAACGGGACCGCUGCGUGCGCGCCUCCCGCCCGGGACCCGAGGGCCGAGGGAGAGCCCGCGGAAGAGAGCGAUUCCCGAGACGGCGGGCCCGGCCCGGAGAUUCCCAGCCUGGACCGGCCCGAUACCCUUCUGGGAGACCGGGGUGGUCGGCCGUUGGCUUUGAGCCACGACGGCGGGCUGGAUCACGUGGGAGCGGAGAGUCACGGAGACCUGGUGCCCGUCGACCUGAACGAGGAGGAGCCGGCCGGGCGGCUCCUCCUGGAUGUCUUGGAGAACUCCCCGUAUUUCCUGGAGCCCUUGCAGGGCAGCGUGGACGGGGAGGAUGUGAAGUUCUACACGAGCCGGCUCGGAAAGGCGAUUCACCAGGUGAGGUCCGUCCUGCAGGGCGUGUUCCAGAGGCUGGAGAGCGCCGACCCGCUCAGCCCGGACGACGCCGGCCGCUGCCGGACCGACGGCAGCGCCAGGCUGCGAGAAGCCAGCCCCGGCGGGCAGGCCGACAGCAGGACGGGGAGCCCUUUCAGUCUGUGGAGCGAGAGCCUGGCCAGCGAGGCCGCCGACGGCGAAGCGGCCCUCGCCGGGCAGAAGGAGAUGCUCCCCGACCCCGGCGACCCCCCUCCGGCCCCCGCCAGCUCCCCUCUCUCUUGUUCCGUGCCGCGUUCGCAUCCCGAUGCUCGUGCCCGGGACGCGGCGGUCGACUCGGACCGGUCCACGGACGGCGGGCUGAGCCUGGAACAGGUGUGCGUGGAAACCAUCUACCUCAGCAAGUGCAUCAACAACUUCAAAAACCUCCUGAGGGAAAAGAGGCUGAUGCAGAAAAGACUCUUGCAGGACUCGCUGUCGGAAGCUGAAGAACCGUAUCCAGAGGGCCCCGGAAGAGACCUGCAGGUCCCCGACGAUGGCGACCCAUCGAAGCAGCCGUGGUUCAAGGGCGGGCAAGCCAAUGGUCUCUACGGCAUUGACAGCAUGCCCGAUCUUCGCCAGAGGAAACCAAUUCCACUGGUCAGCGACCUGGCGAUGUGCCUGGUUCAGUCCCGAAAGGCCGGCGUCACCUCUGCGAUGGCCACACGCACCUCCCUCAAGGACGAAGACCUGAAAUCCCACGUGUACAAGAAGACGCUGCAAGCCCUGAUCUACCCCAUCUCCUGCACCACACCCCACAACUUCGAGGUGUGGACCGCCACCACCCCCACCUACUGUUACGAGUGCGAGGGCCUCCUGUGGGGCAUCGCCCGGCAGGGCAUGCGCUGCACCGAGUGCGGCGUCAAGUGCCACGAGAAGUGCCAGGACCUGCUCAACGCUGACUGCCUCCAGCGAGCCGCAGAGAAGAGCUCCAAGCACGGGGCUGAAGACCGGACCCAGAACAUCAUCAUGGCCAUGAAGGAUCGCAUGAAGAUCCGGGAGCGGAAUAAGCCGGAGAUCUUCGAGGUGAUCCGGGACGUGUUCACCGUGGGCAAAGUGGCCCACGCCCAGCAGAUGAAGACGGUGAAGCAGAGUGUGCUGGAUGGUACCUCCAAGUGGUCAGCGAAGAUCACCAUCACGGUGGUGUGCGCUCAGGGGCUGCAGGCCAAAGAUAAAACCGGCUCCAGCGACCCGUACGUCACCGUCCAGGUCGGAAAGACCAAGAAGAGGACAAAGACCAUUUUCGGAAACCUGAACCCAGUUUGGGAAGAGAAGUUUCAUUUCGAGUGCCAUAACUCCUCCGACCGGAUCAAGGUGCGGGUCUGGGACGAGGACGACGACAUCAAGUCGCGGGUGAAGCAGAGGCUGAAGCGUGAGUCGGACGACUUCCUGGGGCAGACCAUCAUCGAGGUGCGGACGCUGAGCGGGGAGAUGGACGUCUGGUACAAUCUUGAGAAGCGAACAGAUAAAUCGGCUGUCUCGGGAGCCAUCCGACUGCAGAUCAGCGUGGAGAUCAAGGGGGAGGAGAAGGUGGCACCAUACCACGUCCAGUAUACCUGCCUUCAUGAGAACCUCUUCCACCACCUCACGGACAUCCAGGGCAACGGUGGGGUCAGGAUUCCCGAGACCAAAGGAGAUGACGCGUGGAAAGUGUAUUUUGAUGAAACGGCCCAGGAGAUCGUCGAUGAGUUCGCCAUGCGCUACGGCGUCGAGUCCAUCUACCAGGCCAUGACGCAUUUUGCCUGUCUCUCCUCCAAGUACAUGUGUCCCGGGGUGCCGGCCGUGAUGAGCACGCUGCUGGCCAACAUCAACGCCUAUUAUGCCCACACGACUGCCUCCACCAACGUCUCCGCCUCCGACCGCUUUGCCGCCUCCAACUUUGGUAAGGAGAGGUUUGUGAAACUCCUGGACCAGCUGCACAACUCCUUGCGCAUUGACCUCUCCAUGUACCGGAACAACUUCCCGGCCAGCAGCCCGGAGAGGCUGCUGGAUCUGAAGUCCACCGUAGAUCUGCUGACCAGCAUCACUUUUUUCAGGAUGAAGGUUCAAGAGCUGCAGAGCCCGCCCCGUGCCAGCCAGGUCGUGAGGGACUGCGUGAAGGCCUGCCUGAAUUCCACCUACGAGUACAUCUUCAAUAAUUGCCACGAGCUGUACGGCCGCGAGUAUCAGAUGAAGAAACAGGACCUGCCACCGGAGGACCAAGGCCCCAGCAUCAAAAACCUGGAUUUCUGGCCCCAGCUCAUCACCCUGGUCGUGUCGAUCAUCGAGGAGGACAGAAAUUCGUACACCCCCGUCCUGAACCAAUUCCCACAAGAGCUGAGCGUGGGGAAGAUCAGUGCGGAGGUCAUGUGGGGCCUCUUUGCGCAGGACAUGAAAUAUGCCAUGGAAGAGCACGAGAAGCACCGCUUGUGUCGGAGCGCCGAGUACAUGAACCUGCACUUCAAGGUCAAGUGGCUGUACAACGAAUACGUGCACGACUUGCCCUCGGCCCAGACCCGAGUGCCCGACUAUCCCACGUGGUUUGAGCAGUUUGUGAUGCAGUGGCUGGAGGAGAAUGAGGAGGUGGCCCUGGAGUUCCUGCACGGCGCGCUGGAGAGAGACAAGAAGGAUGGGUUCCAGCAGACGUCCGAGCACGCCCUCUUCUCCUGCUCUGUGGUGGACGUCUUCACUCAGCUCAACCAGAGCUUCGAGAUCAUCAAGAAGCUGGAGUGUCCCGACCCAGCGAUUGUCGCCCGUUACAUGAGGCGAUUCGCCAAGACCAUUGGGAAGGUGCUGAUUCAGUAUGCGGAUAUCCUGAUGGCGACAUUCCAGUCCUACUGCUCCAAGGAGAAGCUGCCCUGCAUCCUGAUGAACAAUAUCCAACAGCUGCGGGUGCAGCUGGAGAAGAUGUUUGAGGCCAUGGGGGCGAAGGAGCUGGACCCCGAGGCCGGAGACAACCUCAAGGAGCUGCAGGUGAAGCUCAACACGGUUCUGGAUGAACUGAGCACGGUGUUUGGGAACAGCUUCCAGGCCCGGAUCGACGAAUGCGUCCGACAGAUGGCUGACAUCCUGGGCCAAGUCAAGGGCACGGGGAAUGUUCCCGCCGGUUCUAGGAACACGGUCGCCCAAGAUGCGGACAACGUGCUGCGGCCGCUCAUGGACUUCUUGGACAGCAAUCUCACUCUCUUCGCCGCCGUGUGUGAGAAGACGGUGCUGAAGCGCGUCCUGAAGGAGCUGUGGCGUGUGGUGAUGGACACCAUGGAGAAGAUGAUUGUUCUGCCUCCCCUCACCGACCAGACGGGCACCCAACUGAUUUUCUCAGCUGCCAAGGAGUUGGGCCACCUCUCCAAGCUCAAGGACCACAUGGUACGGGAGGAGACCCGGAGUCUGACCCCAAAGCAGUGUGCCGUCCUGGAUCUCGCACUGGACACCAUCAAGCAAUACUUCCACGCCGGCGGCAACGGGCUGAAGAAAACCUUCCUGGAGAAGAGCCCCAACCUGCAGUCCCUUCGCUACGCUCUGUCCCUCUACACCCAGACCACCGACACGCUCAUUAAGACCUUCGUGCAGUCCCAGACGGCCCAGGUGCAUGAUGGGAAGGGUGUUAGGUUUACGGUCAGUGAAGACGUGCCCCCGGAGAAGGGGUCUGGAGCGGAGGACCCUGUGGGAGAAGUGUCCAUCCAGGUGGAUCUGUUCACUCAUCCGGGCACUGGGGAGCACAAGGUCACUGUGAAAGUGGUGGCUGCCAACGAUCUCAAGUGGCAGACGACGGGCAUGUUCCGGCCCUUCGUGGAAGUGACCAUGAUCGGGCCGCACCAGGGUGACAAGAAACGCAAGUUCACGACCAAGUCCAAAAGCAACACCUGGGCCCCUAAAUACAACGAGACCUUCCACUUCAUCCUGGGAAACGAGGACGGACCGGACGCCUACGAGCUCCAGGUGUGUGUCAAGGACUACUGUUUCGCCCGCGAGGACCGCGUGCUGGGGCUGGCCGUGAUGCAGCUGAGGGAGAUGGCGGACAAGGGCAGCUGCGCCUGCUGGUGCCCGCUGGGCCGCCGGAUCCACAUGGAUGACACCGGCCUGACGGUGCUGCGCAUCCUGUCGCAGAGAACCAAUGACGAGGUGGCCAGGGAGUUUGUCAAGCUCAAGUCGGACUCCCGCUCGGCGGAGGAGGGCAGCUGAGGGGAGGCCGGCUUUCCCCCGGCCCCCCCGUGCCAGGGCCAGCUCGGCACCCUCUGGAAGGGCCGAAGGCGGGCAGUCCGGCCGCCACCUGCGUCCCUCUUCUAGGUAGGGGGGCACCAGCCGACCGGACGAGAGUUAUUGGCGAAAUCUCUAACCCUUCACGAUGCAGAAACUCCGGAGGGUGUGCCCAGAGCUGGGUGCACUCGCGCUCACCGACCCACCGAGCUCUCCGUGCCGACUUCGGUCGGAGUCGGGAGGGUAUGACGUGAGCCUGCGGGAGCGGGUGGGGGCUGGAUACCGCCCCAGAUGGGCCGGGUCUAGGAUGGGGAGGGGAGGGGGCCGAGCCUGACGAGGCGCCUGAAACAGCAGCCGGGGCCCCCCGCGACCCUUGCGGGUCUGCCGAGGGGGCUCAGCCUCGGGAAUUCUCGGGAUCCUAGCUGGGUCCCUGAACUUUCAGUCCUGGGGAGAGCCAAAUUGGGGCCGGGGAGGGGGGUUCAGGUGCAGAGGGAGCUUUGUAGGCCCUCCCCGUGGACCCCGAGACCCCAGUCGUCGAGGGGUUUUUUUUGCAUCCAUAGGGCGGGAGGGUUUGGUGCCCGGAAAAGAGACCGAGAUUUCUGACCGUUCCUCCUCGGGAGCCCCAGAUGGCCGCCUGGAGUGGGGAAACGCCUUCCAGGCUGCUAUGGUGGGGCCGUUGGAGCUUGGUGAGGGGCAGCCUUCUGCGGACCAGAGUUCGCUCUGGGAGACUGACCCUGAGGGGCUGCGGGGCUGGGCCUGAAUUCGAUUUUUGGAAAGGCCCGAGGGGGGAGGAGCCCCUUGACCCCGUCCUCCCCGAGUGUUCGAUCCUAGCACGACGUACUGUAAUUCUCCCACCGUGGCUGAGGAUCGGGGGGACUCCUUAAGAAUUUUUUUUUUAACGUAUUUUUUAGACCCUUGUCUGGACACGGGAAUGGGGACUUUUCUGCCCCUGGCGGGCUUCCGGGGGCCCCGGAGAUAGGGAGGGAUUACACGGAUGCUAUCCCGGAGCCCUGGCCACCGCGCCACCCAGGGCAAGAAGUUGCAGGACCGCCUCGGUAGAGGUGAGGGGAGCAGCCUGGGUGGGGCCGGUCUUGUCGAUCGGCGGCUUAGCCCGUAACCCCCUUGCCCCGUUUCGAGGGAAAGGCUGGGCUUCGGCAGAGGAACUGGACCGGCCCUUCCGGGAGGUGUGGAUUUUGGGAAGAGCCGACGGGGCCUGGCUCGGCGAGGGUGGAGACCGCCGCGUUCGGAGCAUCUUAGAUAGUGGGGCGGCAGGGGCCGUACUCUGGGCCUUCCUGCUGCUGCCCACCACUGCCCUGGGACCCGGCAGCGGGCCCGACCCGUCCCGAUUCACCGUCCUCGGGGGUCCCCAGAGGCAGACACAUCUCCUCUUCUCCCUCUGGGAAACUGGGGAGGAGAAGGGACCUGCACAGGCGGGGAGACCGGGGACGCGAUAGGCACUGACACGGGAUGGGAGGGGCCUAGGGAGCGGGACGCUUUGAACACUGGAGUCGAGGACUGGAUUUAGGGCAGGACUCCACGCAACUGAAGUAAAGAGAUGAGGGGAGAGGCCCGGGGAGGAGGAAAGGGAUGGAGAAGGGGUCCCAGAGGAAGCCGAGCGGCGUUAGCCUGGGAGAAGAGAAGGCUGAGGGACCUGAAUAACCAUCUCCCAGGUAAGGAACCAACCGUUCCCCACUGGAUAGAACCAAGAAAAACCCCGUAACUACCAAAGACUUACAGAUGAAGAGCAAAUGUGUCGAUGGCAAGAGCGGGAGACUCGAGGGACUGUGACCGAGAGUGUGGAUUCUCCUGUGGGCCUUCUAAACUCAGGGGAAAAGGGUGGGCGCAGGCCAGCCCGGUGCGGGGAUGUCAGAUCAGAAGGGGGAAAACUGAAAAAUAAACUCUUGUCUGGAAACAGAA